CAAAAUAUCAUCAUAAACAUAAACAUAAACAUAAACGCCAAUCGCAGCUUUUGUACUUUUGGCGUUUUACAAUGGAGAAAGGUUUGAAGCGGUCUUGUGUUACGGUGGUGGUUGCAUUCUUAGCCAUGGUUCAUGUCUCUCUCUCAGUUCCGUUCAUAAUGCUUCAUGGAAUCGCAUCUCAUUGUUCUGAUGAUACAAAUGCUAACUUCACACAGCUUCUCACUAACCUCGCUGGCUCUCCUGGCUUUUGCGUAGAAAUUGGAAAUGGAGUAGUAACUUCAUUGUUCUUGCCACUUACACAACAAGCAGAAAUAGCAUGUGAGAAUGUGAAGCAAAUGAAAGAGUUAAGUCAAGGAUACAACAUUGUUGGAAGAUCUCAGGGGAACCUAGUGGCUCGAGGCUUGAUAGAGUUCUGCGACGGUGGACCUCCGGUUUACAACUAUAUAUCCUUAGCUGGUCCUCAUGCUGGCAUUUCUUCUAUUCCUCCGGUUCUUUGUGGUUUAAAGUCCGAUCCAGCAUGUAAGAAAUUUGAUGAGUUGAUCAAGGGAGCUCUCUAUAGCAAGACCAUUCAAGAUCAUCUUGCUCCUAGUGGUUAUUACAAAAUCCCUAAUGAUAUAAAAGAGUACUUGGAAAGCUCUAAGUAUCUACCUAAGCUUAACAAUGAGAUACCAGACCAAAGAAACCAAACUUACAAAGACCGUUUCACCAGUUUACAGAACCUGGUUCUUGUCAAGUUUCAGGACGAUGAGAUUAUUACUCCAAAUGAUUCAACUUGGUUUGGGUUUUACCCGGAUGGUGAAUUCGAACCUCUUCUCUCUGCUAACCAGACAAAGCUCUAUACAGAGGAUUGGAUCGGUCUGAAAACAUUAGAUGAUGCUGGAAAAGUGAAGUUUGUGAGUGUAGCCGGUGGACACCUCAACAUGGCGGAUCAAGAUGUCGUCAAACACGUUGUACCUUAUCUCCAAAACCAACAGUCUGCCGCACAAAGCUUCAACCGCAAGACCAAGGAGCCCUUGCGUCCUUAAAAAAAAGAGCAAAUACCUCAAUUGUUAUACUUGUUCAUGCAAUAUCGAAUAAGCUUAGUCGUAGUGA